AUGAUUGCUUCAAAUUGGAAGGUCACAAAACAGGGCCACAUCUCAAAACACAGCAACAAAACAAUGGAGUUUUUCCUUGCUUCAAUGCACGGAAACCUCUCAAGGAGGUUUGCUCCUAAGUGCAGUACUGCCUUUAUUGAAGCUCCGUUGUAUGGCUGCCAUUGGUUACUUCUUGCUCACCCAAAAUACCAACUUGUCCCAAAAGCCACUUUCAACAUUUCUCAGCCACCACCUGAAUUUUUUAGAUUUACCAUAAUCAUGACUGCAUUUGGAAACACAGGUAAUCUCCCUCUUGCAAUUGUGGCCUCUGUUUGCCACAGUGAUGAUAACCCUUUUGGUACUGAAGAUGACUGCACUGCCUGGGGUGGCAUAUGUUUUUUUUACCAAGGUUCGUAUUCUGUUUUAUAA